GGGCCGCGCGUGCGCUCGCCCGUCCGUCCCCGUCGCACGCAUGCGCAGCGCUCGCUCGUGGAGAGUAUGGCGGGGGCCGCUCCGGGCGCCAUCUCCGAAGAGGACUACUUCGGGAACGCCGCCGAGUGGGGCGACGAGGCGGACGGCGGCCAGCAGGAGGAGGACGACGGGGAGGGAGAAGAUGACGCUGAGGUCCAGCAGGAGUGUCUGCACAAAUUCUCCACGCGGGAUUACAUAAUGGAACCGUCCAUCUUCAACACACUGAAGAGGUAUUUUCAGGCGGGCGGCUCUCCCGAGAACGUGAUCCAGCUUCUCUCAGAGAACUACACAGCCGUGGCCCAGACGGUGAACCUGCUGGCUGAGUGGCUCAUCCAGACAGGUGUGGAGCCUGUACAGGUUCAGGAGACGGUGGAGAACCACUUGAAGAGUUUACUCAUCAAACAUUUCGACCCCCGCAAAGCAGAUUCUAUUUUUACUGAAGAAGGCGAGACCCCUGCGUGGCUUGAGCAGAUGAUUGCACACACCACGUGGAGAGACCUCUUCUACAAGCUGGCGGAAGCCCAUCCCGACUGUCUGAUGCUCAACUUCACAGUGAAGCUGAUAUCGGACGCCGGGUACCAAGGGGAGAUCACCAGUGUGUCCACAGCCUGCCAGCAGCUCGAGGUGUUUUCCCGAGUGCUCCGCACCUCCCUGGCCACCAUCUUGGAUGGAGGAGAAGAAAACCUGGAGAAAAACCUCCCUGAGUUUGCUAAGAUGGUAUGCCAUGGAGAGCACACGUACCUGUUUGCUCAGGCCAUGAUGUCGGUGCUGGCCCGGGAGGAGCAGGGCGGCUCGGCAGUGCGCAGGGUCGCCCAGGAAGUGCAGCGCUGUGCUCAGGAGAAGGGCCACGACGCAAGUCAGAUCACGCUGGCCUUGGGCACAGCCGCCUCCUACCCGCGGGCGUGCCAGGCCCUGGGAGCCAUGCUGUCCAAAGGCGCCCUGAACCCAGCUGACAUCACUGUCCUCUUCAAGAUGUUCACUAGCAUGGACCCGCCGCCUGUGGAGCUGAUCCGCGUGCCGGCCUUCUUGGACCUGUUCAUGCAGUCCCUCUUCAAACCGGGGGCCAGGAUCAACCAGGACCACAAGCACAAGUACAUCCACAUCCUGGCCUACGCAGCAAGUGUGCUGGAGACCUGGAAGAAGAACAAGCGAGUCAGCAUCAACAAGGAUGAGCUGAAGUCUACCUCGAAAGCUGUUGAGACCGUCCACAAGUUGUGCUGCAAUGAGAACAAAGGGGCCUCGGAGCUGGUGGCCGAGCUGAGCACACUCUACCAGUGUAUCAGGUUCCCAGUGGUGGCCAUGGGUGUCCUGAAGUGGGUGGACUGGACAGUGUCAGAACCAAGGUACUUUCAGCUGCAGACGGACCACACCCCCGUCCACCUGGCGCUGCUGGAUGAGAUCAGCACCUGCCACCAGCUCCUACACCCCCAGGUUCUGCAGCUGCUGGUCAAGCUCUUUGAGACCGAGCACUCCCAGCUGGAUGUGAUGGAGCAGCUUGAGUUGAAGAAGACGCUCCUGGACAGGAUGGUUCACCUGCUGAGCCGGGGCUGCGUCCUGCCCGUGGUUAGCUACAUCCGCAAGUGUCUGGAGAAGCUUGAUACAGACAUCUCCCUCAUCCGCUACUUUGUCACUGAGGUGCUGGACGUCAUCGCGCCUCCGUACACCUCCGACUUUGUGCAGCUCUUCCUCCCCAUCCUGGAGAAUGACAGCAUUGCGGGCACCAUCAAGACUGAAGGCGAGCAUGACCCUGUCACGGAAUUCAUAGCUCACUGCAAAUCCAACUUCAUCAUGGUGAACUGA